AUGACACAGGAAGUGAUGUCCAACUGCAUAAUGGUGAGUGAAGACACCAUGACACAGGAAGUGAUGUCCAACUGCAUAAUGGGAUGGGGCAAAAGCAGUGCAGGAAACACCAUCUUUGGAGGAGGAGAUGAAGAGUUCAAGAUAAACAGUUCAGCCAAGUCUGAGACGCACAAGUGUGAAGCAAAGACCAAGAUCAUCAAUGGAAGAAAACUCACUGUAGUAGACACACCUGGACUCUUUGACACARACAUCCCUGAAGAGGAGCUGAAACCUGAACUAGUGAGAUGUAUUGUAGAGUGUGCUCCGGGGCCACAUGCCUUUCUCAUUGUGCUUAGAGUGGAAAAGUACACAGUCCUCGAGGAAAGAGUCAKCACAGAAAUCGAGAACUUYUUUUCACGACAGAUCUUCAAUUAUGCCACAGUUCUCUUCAUUUACGGUGACCAGCUUYAUGAAGGAAAAACUAUUCAGGAUUUUGUGAAAACAAAUAAGAAACUGAGUGAGCUUGUGGAGAAAUGUGGAGGCCGCUGUCAUGUCAUUGACAACAAAUACUGGAACAMCAGUCAGCAGGGUCAGUACAGGAACAAUCAGUACCAAGUAACAGAGUUACUCAACACCAUAGAGAAGAUGGUGAGAGAGAACAGAGGAGGGUGCUACACCAAUGAGAUGCUUCAAGCAGUGGAGGGAGUCAAACAAGCAGAGAAAGAGAGUCUUAGAGAGUCAAACAGCCAGAUGUCAGAGGAAGAGAUCGAAAAACUAGCCAAGGAAAGAGCGAGAAAGAAACUACUGAUCAAGUUGUCAGGGGUAGCAACAGGUGUAGUGGUAGGAGCGUUCCUUGGGGUUGUAGGGUCAUUAGCAAUAGUACUUUCUCUCAUAAGUAGUACAGCAGCAGCAGCAAAAGCAGCCGCAGGAGGAGUAGCAGGAGGAGUUGCAGGAGUAGCAGUAGCAGGAGAAGUAUCAGCAGCAGCAGGAGGGAGUAGCAAGCAGGAGGAGUAG